UAGAUGGAAUAAAAUAAACACAAUGGAUCGAGCGACGAGCUUUCUGUUUUAGAAACAAAUAAUAUAUAAAUUGUUAAUGACAAAAAUUAAUAUCUCUACUUGUUAUUGUAUUAUACUUAAUGGCCUUUCUAUAAAAUCGAAAUCAUUCUUACAAUAAAGGCACGACCGAAGAGCAUGCGAAUUAAUUCUUUUCAUCUAUAAUAAUGCAUCGCGAUAUCACGGUUGCAGUUGAAAUUGAUAAGUUGUAGCAGAGACUUCAACAAAAAUGCCGAUUAAAAUCCAUAUACCAAAUGUGCUUGCCGAUGACUCGCGCUUGCCGUUUCGGUCUUGCAGAAGGAUCUGCGUGCCAUUCAACGGAUGCAGAGAGCACCUCAGACUCGCCGCGAGUCCUCUUGGUUUAUUUUCGCGUCUCCUCGUCGCCGGGAAGGAGGAGCCCGCGGACUGCAGCGCAAAAAAAUCUCAGCGAUACCGAAGCGUGUGUAACAGCUACGAGAGUAAUUCUUGCCGCAAGUUCAAAACCGAUUAUUAAAAUCGGGCAAAAAAGGGGGGAAAGGAUUGAACUUUAUAACGCUCGCUCCAGGCACGAUUGGGUCGGCCGCGCGCGAGCGUCGGUGCCGUCGGUUACGCAAUCUCAUGACCCUACAUAGUCGGAUAAGCGUGACGAGCGUCACAGACAUAGGCGGCGUGCUCCUGGGACGGGCGUAAAUCGGGUACGCACCGAAGCUAUAAGAGACCGGUCGUCCCCGCUUAAGCACUCAGUUAGGCCAAGAUCGUUCGAGGGAGUUCCAUCGCCAACUCCGUUCAAACGGCCGUCGGAAGUUAUAAUUAACGCAUCAACGAGUGUUCGGCAAAGCCAGCCAGGUUUCGUGCGCGCAAGUUUUCGUCCCAUCGUUCUUCAUCAUGCGUGAAUGCAUAUCCGUCCACGUAGGGCAGGCGGGAGUACAAAUUGGAAAUGCCUGUUGGGAGUUGUACUGCUUGGAGCACGGUAUCCAACCCGAUGGGCAAAUGCCGUCGGACAAGAUACUCGGAGGCGGUGACGACAGUUUCAACACCUUCUUCAGCGAAACCGGCGCCGGAAAGCACGUUCCCAGAGCAGUCUUCGUCGAUCUCGAACCGACCGUCGUGGAUGAGGUGCGCACAGGUACGUACCGGCAACUCUUCCAUCCGGAGCAGCUGAUAACCGGCAAAGAGGAUGCCGCCAACAAUUACGCGCGCGGCCACUACACAAUCGGCAAGGAGAUAGUGGAUCUUGUCCUGGAUCGCGUUCGCAAGCUGGCGGAUCAAUGCACGGGACUCCAGGGCUUCUUGAUUUUUCAUUCGUUCGGCGGCGGCACCGGUUCCGGCUUCACGUCCCUGCUGAUGGAACGACUAUCGGUGGACUACGGGAAAAAGUCGAAACUGGAGUUUGCGAUUUAUCCGGCGCCCCAGGUCUCUACGGCCGUUGUCGAGCCGUACAACUCGAUCCUCACGACGCACACCACCCUCGAGCAUUCCGACUGCGCGUUCAUGGUAGACAACGAGGCCAUAUAUGACAUUUGCAGACGUAAUCUGGACAUUGAGCGGCCGACUUACACCAAUCUGAAUCGCCUGAUCGGCCAGAUUGUAUCCUCGAUCACGGCCUCUCUACGCUUCGACGGCGCGCUCAACGUCGAUCUAACGGAAUUCCAGACGAACCUGGUGCCCUAUCCCAGGAUCCACUUCCCCCUGGUCACCUACGCUCCCGUCAUAUCCGCGGAAAAGGCCUAUCACGAGCAACUGUCCGUCGCCGAGAUAACGAACGCCUGCUUCGAGCCCGCGAAUCAGAUGGUCAAGUGUGACCCUCGUCAUGGAAAGUACAUGGCGUGCUGCAUGCUCUACAGAGGCGACGUAGUACCGAAGGACGUUAACGCGGCAAUCGCGACUAUCAAGACCAAGCGCAGCAUCCAAUUCGUCGAUUGGUGCCCCACGGGAUUCAAGGUCGGCAUCAAUUACCAGCCGCCCACCGUCGUUCCCGGCGGUGAUCUCGCCAAGGUGCAGCGUGCCGUCUGCAUGUUAUCCAAUACGACGGCGAUCGCCGAGGCUUGGGCGCGGCUCGAUCACAAAUUCGAUCUGAUGUACGCCAAGAGAGCCUUCGUGCAUUGGUACGUCGGCGAGGGGAUGGAGGAGGGCGAGUUCUCGGAAGCGCGGGAGGAUCUUGCCGCUUUGGAGAAGGACUACGAAGAAGUCGGUAUGGACUCCACCGACGGCGAGGGAGAUGCUGCAGAAGAGUACUAAAAGAAAUACAAACUUAUCGAUUGAAAUCUCUACGUCUCUUCAUAUUUCGUAUAUUUAUACUGUGACGCUUGCCAUUAUCGCUUUUAUUGCGAAUUUUCUCUUUGCCUGAUUUUGUAAUGCAAUCCGAAGCGAUGUUAACUGUUUACCCUGCACUGCUUUCCCUUUUUCGAGCCCAAUCUGAUCCCUGAUGAUAUAUACGGUGGAGUCUUCGAGGAGCGUAUUCGCUUCCUUACAACAAUAGCUGUCACUUGCUCGAAAAAAUAACUACUGAGAAAUAUAAGCACAUCUAAAAAUA